AUGGGACUGAGCUAUUGGCAUUGCUGUCAAACUAUCAGGAAGCUUGACAGAAACUCACCAUUGUGCAACGCAUUCCUCCCGAGGGAGACAGGUUUUGGACGGCGCCACGAAAGGAGGUUUUUCAGCCUGGAUGUUGACGUUGCAUGGCGUGACAAAGGGAAUCGUGUGGGAAUUGAUUUUAUGGUGCGUAAUUGGUUGGGGUCGAUUGUGGCAGUCGUGAGUCGUCUGGUGGGAUAUACACUUCUAUUCUUAUGGGCAACUUAUGUUAUGAUGUUUGGCAUAUGUUUCUGUCUUGAGAGCGACUUGGAGCCGAUUGUUGUCUUCUCUGAUUCCAUCCUUGUUGCUCACGUGCUUCACGACACAUACAAUGGGUAUGAGUCCCUUAGCGAUAAGCUUUGGGAAGAGCCGCCGCUGUCGCCGCCGCCUUCUACAAUAGCCACCACCAAGGAACUCGCCACAAAGCUAAGAUCAAUCGUGUUACUAAAGCGGCAGCUUGAUGAAGUACCAGCACAGGCUGAACUAAUACAGUACGAACUCCGACUUUCUGAACUUAACACUCAAAUUCAGAAAAAGCUCCGACAAACACGGAAGCACUAUGAUACAUAUAAUGCUUUGUUGGAGAUUAAAGAUUUGAUGCUCAAAGAAACAUCCUUGUUGAAUUCAAUUAAUGUGCAGUUCCAAAAUGCUAUUACUAGCGUUGAUGGGAGGGUAAAACUCACAAACUCCUUGGAGGGAAUUUCGAAUGGGACUCAACAGUUGUUGAAAAUGAGAUGCAAUCUUUUCGAAGAUGGUGUUUUCAAUAAAGUACUGAGCAUCUUUAUAACUGCUGCAAUAUUGAAACUUGGACAAGCGAUCCUUGAUGUAAUUCUGAGUUGGAAAGCUAGGCAGAGCAUGUCCUUCCAUGUCAAGUUAAGAUACAUUCUAAAGGUUGUGUCUGCUGCUGCUUGGGUGGUCAUCCUGCCUGUUACCUACGCUUAUACAUGGAAGAAUGCUCCUGGGUUUGCUCAAACUAUCAAAAGUUGGCUUGGCAACAGCUCAAGGGCUCCUUCAUUGUUCAUCUUGGCUGUUGUAAUCUACUUAUCGCCAAAUUUUCUCGCUGCCUUUCUGUUCCUUUUUCCUUUCGUUCGUAGGUUCCUUGAGAGGUCCAAUUAUAAGAUUGUGAUGCUAAUGAUGUGGUGGUCCCAGCCUCGGCUCUAUGUUGGCAGGGGAAUGCAUGAAAGUACCUUUUCUCUCUUUCAUAUAACUGAGUAUUUGACAAGUGGCGUAUAUGUUUGUAUGUUAUCAAGGGAUGUUACUUUCUAAAAGGGAGGAAGAUCAAGAUGAAGAUGAGCGCGAAGGAAGCCUUUGAGAGGUCGAUGAGGACUUUGUCGGAGUGGAUAAGCCAGGAAGUGAAUCGAAAUAUGUAAUGAUCUUAGAUACUUGAUACUUGGUUCAUUCGGAUGAUAAUGUACGAAUAUUUUGGAUAAUAUAUAAUAUUGUUAUUGUUGAUUUUA